UUGGCCGUGGGCGCGGGUCCCCGGGGAGCAGGGGCGGAGCGCGGCGCCCGGCGGGCGGGGACGGGCGGGGACGCGCGGGCGCGGGGGGCGGCGGCGCCGGAGCGGACACGGAGCGGGCGGCAGCCGCAGGACGCGCGCCCAGGGUUCCUCUGGGGUCCCAGCCUCCGGUCCCGGCCCCCGCCACCGCCGCGCCCCGCCUGGAAGAUGCCGGAGCAGAGCAACGACUACCGCGUGGUGGUGUUCGGCGCGGGCGGCGUGGGCAAGAGCUCGCUGGUGCUGCGCUUCGUGAAGGGCACCUUCCGGGACACCUACAUCCCCACCAUCGAGGACACCUACCGGCAGGUGAUCAGCUGCGACAAGAGCGUGUGCACGCUGCAGAUCACCGACACCACGGGCAGCCACCAGUUCCCGGCCAUGCAGCGGCUGUCCAUCUCCAAGGGCCACGCCUUCAUCCUGGUCUUCUCGGUGACCAGCAAGCAGUCGCUGGAGGAGCUGGGCCCCAUCUACCGCCUCAUCGUGCAGAUCAAGGGCAGCGUGGACGGCAUCCCCGUCAUGCUGGUGGGCAACAAGUGCGACGAGACGCAGCGCGAGGUGGACACCCGCGAGGCGCAGGCCGUGGCCCAGGAGUGGAAGUGCGCCUUCAUGGAGACGUCGGCCAAGAUGAACUACAACGUCAAGGAGCUCUUCCAGCAGCUGCUCACGCUCGAGACGCGCCGCCACAUGAGCCUCAGCAUCGACGGCAAGCACGCGGGCAAGCAGAAGCGGACAGAGCGCCUCAAGGGCAAGUGCGCCCUCAUGUGAGCG